UCCCUUCCUCCUCCUCCUCCCCCUCCCUGCUCUUCCCCACCUUCCUCCACCCCUUCCCUUCCCCUCCCCUUCUCCCUCCUCCUCCUCCUCUUCUAGCUCAGGUUGCAGCUUCUCUGGGGAGCCGCUCACCUUUCCGGAGCUGGGGAAGCCGCCCCGAGCCCGGGCAGGGACCCCAGCAGGGCGCCCAGACCCGCGGCACCCCGGCCGUCGCGGGCUGGAGCCGGCGCGCCGCGGACCCCAGGACACCCGCGGACCCUGCGGCCUGCUGCCUGCUGAUCAUGAACAAAAUGAAGAACUUUAAGCGUCGCUUCUCCCUGUCAGUGCCCCGCACCGAGACCAUCGAGGAGUCCUUGGCCGAGUUCACAGAGCAGUUCAACCAGCUCCACAACCGGCGCAAUGAGGGCCUGCAGCUCCGUCCUCUGGACAGAGACCCCCAGCCAGAGUCCAGCACCUUCUCCCCCGCAGACAGAGGGGAGGACCCCGGGCAGCUGUCCCCUGGCAUGCAGUACCGGCGGCAGAACCAGCGCCGCUUCUCCAUGGAGGACAUCAGUAAGAGGCUCUCUCUGCCCAUGGACAUCCGUCUGCCCCAGGAAUUCCUCCAGAAGCUGCAGCUGGAGAGCCCAGACCUGCCCAAACCUCUCACCCGAAUGUCCCGCCGUGCCUCCCUGUCAGAUAUCGGCUUUGGGAAACUGGAAACAUACGUGAAACUGGACAAACUGGGGGAGGGAACCUAUGCCACAGUCUUCAAAGGGCGCAGCAAACUGACAGAGAACCUCGUGGCCCUGAAGGAGAUCCGGCUGGAGCAUGAGGAAGGCGCGCCCUGCACUGCCAUCCGAGAGGUGUCUUUACUGAGGAACCUGAAACAUGCCAAUAUUGUGACCCUGCAUGACCUCAUCCACACGGAGCGCUCCCUCACCCUGGUGUUUGAGUACCUGGACAGUGACCUGAAGCAGUAUCUGGACCACUGUGGAAACCUCAUGAGCAUGCACAACGUCAAGAUUUUCAUGUUCCAGCUGCUCCGGGGCCUCGCCUACUGCCACCGCCGCAAGAUCCUGCACCGGGACCUGAAACCCCAGAACCUGCUCAUCAACGAGAGAGGGGAGCUGAAGCUGGCCGACUUCGGACUGGCCCGGGCCAAGUCAGUGCCCACGAAGACCUACUCCAAUGAGGUGGUGACCCUGUGGUACAGGCCCCCCGACGUGCUGCUGGGGUCCACGGAGUACUCCACCCCCAUUGAUAUGUGGGGCGUUGGCUGCAUCCAUUACGAGAUGGCCACAGGGAGGCCCCUCUUCCCCGGCUCCACGGUCAAGGAGGAGCUGCACCUCAUCUUCCGACUCCUUGGGACCCCCACGGAAGAGACGUGGCCUGGUGUGAUGGCCCUGUCCGAGUUCCGAGCCUACAACUUCCCCCGAUACCUGCCCCAGCCGCUCAUCAGUCAUGCUCCCAGGUUGGACACUGAUGGCAUCAACCUCCUGACCGGCCUCCUCCUGUACGAAUCCAAGAGUCGCGUGUCAGCAGAGGCGGCCCUGAGGCACCCCUACUUCCGGUCUCUGGGGGAGCGUGUGCACCAGCUCGAAGACACUGCUUCCAUCUUCUCCCUGAAGGAGAUCCAGCUCCAGAAGGACCCAGGCUACCGGGGCCUGGCCUUUCAGCAGCCAGGGCGAGGGAAGAGCCGGCGGCAGAGCAUCUUCUGAGCUGUGCCCACCCUGCUGUGGCCCAAGGGACAAGAGGUCACACUGAGCACAACUGUGGCAGGAUGGGGCCUGUGUGGCCUCGGAGGACUGAGGAGUGAGGGCUAACGGCCGGUCCAGAAGACCUCUCAGCAGCCCUGCUGGCCACGGCUGUUUCCUCUCCCUUCUUCCCACAUGCCUCCCCAGUGGCCUUGUCCUGGACACCAACCCCUCCAUCACCUUCCCUGGGGCUGGGCAUGAGCUGCUUCCCUGGGAGGAGGUGAGGGGACAGGGAGCGAUCUCAGACACUUUCCCACCCUAAAGUUCUCAGACACCAGCAUGGAACCCACAUGGACAGAAGAAUCUAGAGGCUGGGCAGAGCGCUAUGCCUUGAACAUGGGCACCACCAUGCCUCCCCACCCAGGGUACCUGCCUGCCUCAGGUUUGGUCGAGUCCCUUUCAGGCCCCUUGGAGCCCACACGUCUUUCCCCUUUUUCCCCCCUGAGAGCAGGAAGCAACAUGGCACCUUGUCUGGGACCCUGGAAUCCUGGGUGCCAACGUGUGUGCCAAAGCCCACCCCCACCUGAGGGGCGGGUGUCCCCAGAGCAACAGAGGGAGUCGUAGCCCCACCCCCUCUUCUCAUCAUCCCCCACUUGUUCCCAUUCCCCACUCCUCGCCAGAGGCCCCGUAUGCUGCUGGACGCCCAGUUGAGUCCAGCGGUGGCCUGGUCCCGCCAGCUGCACUCCUGCCAGCUCAGCCGGGCCCGCCCGUCUCCCCAGUCUGAAUGGGAUUGCCUUAAAUUGGCAAGUGGUAGAGCACGCACUGCCCUUGGAGCUCUGACCCAAGCUCCUACCUUCCACCCUUUCCCGAGAGUGGCUCCUGCUUAUCAUCCCUGAGCACUGGUAAGCCAGCCCUGGGCCAGGGGCCUGAGGACGGUACCCAGAUAUGCAGGGUCACCCUGACACUGGUGCCAGCUCCCUGGGGCUGGCACAGCCUCCCUCGUCCCCUCCUUCCCAGCCCCCGUGGCUCUGUCCUUGCUCCACCCUAUCUGGGCACCAGCCUCCCCAUGCCCCUGGCCUCCCCAGAGGGCGGUCACCAGAGAGAGAGCACCGCAGUCUGAGGUACAGGAAGGUGGGACAGGACGGGAUAGACUUUGAUCCCGAGCCCCGAGCCCCAGGGGACUGGGAGUGUUAGGGCCGUGGCCCCGCGAGAAGGCACCCCCCACCAUCCCUAUGGAGCACACCUAUUCUAUUCCCAAAGUCUCCUCAACACUUGGCUGAAUCUUGGAUGGCGAGGCCAAGGGGGGGCCAGGUCCCCUGCACACCCCCCUCAGCCUGAGGAGCAGCCCUGGAGGGUCUUGGCUUCCCCACAAGUCCCUCCACUCCUCCCCCACUGUACUGUGAAUGUCCUGUGACUCAGCGCAAAGACAGAUAAUAUAUUUAAUUCAUGUUGUACAGAAAGGAGUGAGCAGUCUCAUGCUGAAAAGCUGAUUUUGACAGAUUGAUGCCAAAGAUGGAGGACAGAAGGCCCUCUCCGGGCCUUCUGAGUGCAGGUGGGGCUUACUUGUAUGUGUAUAUAAAGUGGAGAGAGAGUU